UCUUCCCUGUAUAAAUCCAAUCUCUCUUUGUUUUCUUUUUCUCUCUCACCUUCUCCCUUUUAGCUUCUUCUCUGUGUUAUCUCAAACCCCUUUUUGUUUUCAAUCAAUCAGUCUCUUCAUUUAAGGAAAACUAAUGGAAGUUAAAGGAACUAGAUCAUCUUCAGCUAAUUACAGCAACACCUCUUCCUGUUCAACCCUUCAAACUGGUAGUACUGAUGAAGAUAUCGACUUGAGGCGAGGUCCAUGGACGGUUGAAGAAGACUUCAAGCUCAUCAAUUACAUUGCUAAUCAUGGUGAAGGUCGAUGGAACUCUCUUGCUCGCUAUGCAGGUCUCAAACGAACUGGAAAAAGUUGCAGAUUAAGGUGGCUCAACUAUCUUCGCCCGGAUGUUCGACGUGGGAAUAUCACACUUGAAGAACAACUUCUGAUUCUCGAGCUUCACUCUCGCUGGGGUAACAGAUGGUCCAAAAUUGCCCAACACUUGCCUGGGAGAACCGAUAAUGAAAUCAAAAACUACUGGAGAACACGAGUCCAGAAGCACGCUAAGCAGCUUAAAUGCGACGUGAACAGCAAGCAAUUCAAAGACACCAUGCGCUAUUUAUGGAUGCCAAGGUUAAUGGAAAGAAUUCAAGCCGCAAAUAAAGCUACUACAACCACCACAGCCACGACGGCUGCUGCCGCCGCCACCGGGUCCAAUUCCACAGGUCUCACCACAGCCACGGUGGGUGCCGCGGCCACCACGGGACACAUGAUGAUGCCGCAUAUGGGACUCAACAAUAUUAGCAAUGAGUUUGGCGGUUCACAUGUUACACCAAGUUACACUCCAGACAAUUCAAGCACGGGGGCCUCGUCGGACUCGUUUGGAACCCCGGUUUCGGAUUUGACUGAUUAUUACACUAUUCCGGUCAGUAACAAUCCAAAUCCGGAUUAUUUCCUAGGCGUUAAUAACCAAGUUUAUUCAGAGUGUUUAAUCAGUCCGUCGGGUUACUUUAAUCCUGGAAUAGAAUUCCAGGAGAUGGAGCCAAACAACAAUCAAUUGCUGGACGGUGGGGUCGAUGCAUCGGACAAUUUGUGGAAUGUUGAAGACAUAUGGUUCUUACAGCAACAGUUCAACAGCAACAUGUGAAAAAUUAACAGAAAUAAAUGUGGGUGAAAGUGAAAUUUUCUAAAAGUAUAGAGAGAUAUUUUUAUAUAUGGGAGAACAAAAAAAUAAUAAUUUAAUUUUAACUAGGACAGUCAGUUAUUACAAAUUUGAGAUAGCCUAAGUUAAGAUAGACAGACAGAAGUCUAAUUGUGGAUUAUUAUUGUGGAUUAUUUGUAAUUUUCUUAUUUUGGGGGGUUGAAUUUGUAAUUUGAGAUUUUUAUCAAUCUCAUUCUUUGAUAUAUAUUAAAGAAAUUGACUCUUUUUAAUUA